AUGGAGGCCGCAGUGAAGAUAACCAAAACAAUGAUGUGUAAAGCACUACGAGAUGGCACUGAUCAAUAUGAAGCCCUACUGGAAUUGAGAAACACGCUUCGCCAGGAUACAGGCAUAAGCCCUGCCGAAAUGAUGUUUGGCAAAAAUACUCGAUUACUGCUACCGCCUACAGGAACCAAGCACACCCCAAGUAAGAAAUAAGUUAUGAUGAAAAGAGCCAAGUGCUGCCUUGCCAUUAAGAGUAACUACAACAAAGGUGCCCAAAACCUGAAGCGACUCACCCCUAGUCAAUCAGUCUACUACCAAUACAAGGAGGGAAGGAGACCUGAAUGGAGAAGAGGCCCCAUGCAGACUGAGCACAGCGAGCGAUCCUACAUAAUGGACGGGAAAGAUGGUGUAUACACGAGAAACAGAGUGCACCUGUGCCCUACAACACCUGAGACGUCACCAGAGAAAUCCUCCCCACCUGCUUCUGCAUUGAAUUCACACAUGGACACUGAGAAGUCGCAG